ACAAGUUGCCUGUGCAAGUGUACAUUUCCAACAAUUCUAAACGGCUUCAUUCCUCUCUCUUCUUCUUGCUUUGUCUUCCCAUCUUCUCUCUUAAUUGAAAAAAGCUUGGAAACCCUAGCAAUGGCGACAACCGUAGAGGGUGAAGACAGGGUGCUUGCUACAGCUCAACAGAUAGUCAAGAGUCUUAGAACCUCUAAAGAUGUUACUGAUGAUAUGCUUUUCAUUCUUUCUACCUUUGAUAAUCGUCUCUCCAAUAUUUCUGACCUUAUCGGCGGUGGAAACCCUAGUACCUCUACUAGUAACGUUGAUUCUCUUUCUAUUGAGAUUUCCCGUCUUGAUUCUGCUGAAAAUAUCAUACUCCGCCAUGAAAAUCCUUUUAAUGAAUCUCCUGAUGAUUCAUGUGAAUUUCUUGCUGCUGUUGAUGAAAUUCUUGAAUUGAUUUCCGAUCUUAAGGUCCAAGAAAACCCUAGUUUAUCGGAUCGUGCUGAAUCUGCUGUUCAAUCUGCUAUGUCUAAACUUGAGGAAGAGCUUCGUAGGGUUCUUUCAAGGAGUGCUGUUCCGAUUGAUGCAGACAGGUUGUACGGUUCGAUUCAUCGGGUAACCCUCUCGUUUGCUUCACAUGACGGCGAUUUAGUCGAUGAGGAAUUUGGAAAUUUUAAUCAUCCCUUUCAUGAAAGAGGAGGGAGUUUAGCUGGUGAUGUUUCAGUUGAUUUAAUUCAUCCUGAUGUGAUUUCUGACCUUCGUGAGAUUUCCGAUCGAAUGAUUCGAGCUGGCUACGAAAAAGAAUGUUGUCAAGUUUAUAGCAGCGUAAGGAGAGAAGCACUUGAAGAAUGUUUAGCAAAUUUAGGGGUUGAAAGAUUGAGCAUUGAAGAGGUGCAGAAAAUUGAGUGGAGUGUUUUGGAUGAGAAAAUGAAGAAAUGGGUUCAAGCUGUUAAGAUCUUUGUUAGGGUUCUUCUUACUGGGGAGAAGCACCUUUGUGAAUUGAUCUUCGAUGGUUCUGAAUCUAGUUUAAUUAGAGAGGUUUGUUUCGUAGAAACUGCUAAAGGCUGCGUUCUGCAGUUGCUGAAUUUCGGUGAAGCUGUGGCCAUUGGGAAGAGAUCCCCUGAGAAAUUGUUUCGAAUACUCGAUAUGCACGAAGCUUUGAAUGAUACUUUGCGGUAUCUGAGGGCUUUAUUCUGUGAUGAUUCAGGGGAGUUUGUUUGUGCUGAGGCUCGAGGUGUUUUGGAUGGGUUAGGUGAAGCAGCCAAGGGAACUUUUUUCGAGUUCGAGAGUGCUGUUAAAGGUGAAGCAUCCAGGAAGCCUGUUCAUGGAGGGGAGAUUCACCCACUUGCUCGGUAUGUAAUGAAUUAUGUUAAAUUGCUAGUUGAUUAUAGUGAUACUUUAAAUAAUCUGUUAGAAACUGAUGAAGUAAAAGAAGAAAAUGAAGGAGAACAAUCAGAAGGUAGGUUUGAUGGAGAAGAAGUGAGGGAAAUUUCUGCCCUUGGUCGUCGAUUGAUGUCCUUGAUAAGUUGUUUAGAAUCAAACCUUGAAACAAAGGCUAAAUUAUAUGAGGAUAGUGCAAUGCAAUGUAUUUUCUUGAUGAAUAAUAAACUUUAUGUAUUGCAAAAGGUGAAAGAUUCUGAACUUAGAAAGCUUUUAGGAGAUGAUUGGGUAAAGAGGCGUCGUGGGAUCAUUCGAAAAUAUGCUACUAAUUACCUUAGAGCUUCUUGGAGUAAGGUCUUGGCUUGUUUGAGGGAUGAAGGUCUUGGGGGUGGAUCAAGUAGUGCCUUUAAAAUGGCUUUGAAAGAAAGGUUCAAGAAUUUCAAUGCUUAUUUUGAGGAAAUUUAUAGGACUCAAACUGCUUGGAAGGUCCCAGAUCCCCAACUUAGGACCGAGCUUCGUAUAUCAAUAUCCGAGAAGGUUAUUCCUGCGUAUCGUUCGUUCUUGGGGAGGUUUGGUCCUCAAUUAGAGAGCACAAGACAUGCUGGGAAGUACAUUAAAUACACACACGACGAUUUAGAUGGGUACUUGGCUGAUUUGUUUGAAGGAACACCGGGUGUUCUUCACCAUAUGAAACGCAAAAGUUCGUAGAGCUCUCAUUUGUAUAGUAGGUAUCGCCCUUUCCUUUCACUUAAGGGUCUGUCGAGUGUCGGAUUCCCUUUAUACCUGUUAGAUCAGGUUUGAUAACAUGCUUCUUUUUACCUUCUUUGCUUUAGUUGAUGUCAUAAACUAUGAUCACAGUUUUUUCCCGGUGGAAUAUGGCUGUUGCUGCUCCUCAUAAAUCAUAAUGUAAUCAUAUUGUAAAUUUGGUAUAGAUUUGUCAUGUUUGGUUUGA